CAGCUGAUCUGACUCAUCUGAUUAUAAAUUGAUAAAAUAAAGAAAAAUAGUUUCUUUAUCAGGCCCAGUUGUGUUAUUGUUCACGAAUUUACAUAAAUAACUGAUAUACCGAUUGCUUAUCGUUUGUUAAAAUUUUUAAUAGUCUAAAUUCUCUUAGUUUCCCAUACUUUGCAAGCCUUAUUUAGGUCCACAGGAAACAGACAGGAAGUUAACUCUAUCUAAUGCUACAUUGUUUCUAAAAGGAUGCCAAUCCUAUAUAGUGUGGUUUCCCGAGGCACAACAGUUCUAGCUAAAUAUGCUAGUUGUGCUGGGAAUUUUGCUGAAGUCACUGAACAAGUUAUUGCAAAAAUACCAGACUAUAAUGAUCGACUUACCUACACACAUGGCAAUUAUUUGUUUCACUAUAUUUGUGAAAAUAGGAUUAUCUACAUGUGCAUCACAGAUAAUGAAUUUGAACGAAGUCGAGCAUUUUUAUUCCUGAACGAAAUCAAGAGGCGAUUCCAAGCAAAUUAUGGUCCGACAGCCGAGUCUGCUCUGGCAUACUCGCUCAAUGCUGAAUUCGCUCGCAUUUUAGCAAAUGAAAUGAAGCAUUACUCUGAAAGUCACGAUGUAGACACAAUUUCCAAAGUACACAGCGAAUUGGACGAACUGAAGAAUAUUAUGGUGAAAAAUAUUGAUAGUGUUGCGCUGAGAGGAGAGAAAGUGGAGCUGUUACUGACCAAAACUGAAAAUUUGAACAAUGGUGCGGUUUCUUUUAGACAAACGAGUAGAAACCUGGCACGCUCCAUGUUCUGGAAAAACAUCAAAUUGUACGUCAUCAUCGCUGUAGUAAUAGCUGUGGUGGUUUACUUUAUAGUUUCGAUGGCUUGCGGCGGUUUGUUAUGGCAAGGAUGCGUCUCUAAGUAAAAAAACAAAUAAUUUUACAAUUCCAUAUUAUUACUUACAAGGGGAUAAGCAAUUCACGGUUUUUAUUGGUUAGGUUUUAAGCAAACAUCGAUGUGAUAUAUCAGAAAUUGUUAGUUUCAUAUCGUGCCUAACCAAAUUAUAUAAAAUUGAUCUUUAUUAUCAAUCGAAUAUGUGGGCUCGUGCGCCUUUUUCAAUUGGUUUCUGAAAUAUUUUCUAUUAGGUUUAUUUGAGGCAUAUAUAAUAACUGAUGUUUAGAAUAAUUCGUUUUACUUGCAUACAUAUUUUAAUUAUGAUAUUUACUUUUUAUUUAUUCAAUUUUUGUAAUAUAAAUAUGUUAAUCUUAA